AUGUCGACCAACUUGCGACCCCUUCGCCCCCGUGGCCAGGCGUCUGACGAUAAGUCGACUCUUGACGCCAACUCGUCAAAGGGCUCCAAGGGACGCGUAGCAUGCGGACAAUGCAGAAAGUUGCGGCAAAAGUGUGACACUCAGCGGCCAUUCUGUGGCCGAUGCUUGUUGACGAAACAUGACUGCGUCUACGAGGCAGACCUGGGCGAGACCCGGAUGCAGGGGAUUCGGAAGGCCAACCGUCAACUGAAAGGAGAGGUGGACACGCUAAAAUCGCUGUUCGAGCUUCUCAAGUCGGCGGACCAAGAGGUGAAAGCAGACAUCAUGGCACAGCUGGCCGCAGACGAGUCGCCCGAGGCUAUCAUCCAGCGGCUGAAAGAUGGCGAAGGGGCGUCACGGAAACCAAAAGUCGGCAGUUGCCGUGAGACGUCUGAAACGGACCGGUCCAGGAACAGUACUCAAAGCAUCAACGGCUUUGUCAAAUCGGAGGAGGAUGAUGAGCCUCCGCUUCCGCCCGGGAUAGUUCCUUGGCAAAUUGACAAAAUGCACUACCUCCUCCAUCGUGUCGACAGCAUCGACAUAAACGCGAAAUCAACCGAUCCUCAAUCUCGCACACUUGGGGCAGACGCACAAGGCUUCGAGUCAGCAGAAGAAGACCAAGAGCAGAAAAGUCCGGAGCUCCUCCAUGCCCUCAUCUUGGCUGACCAAGCGGCGCAACGCCGGUCAAAGUCUUCUUCCGCCGAGUCUCUCCCCCUGGCGCCGUGGAGGCCUUCGGCAACCUUCCCCUAUCAUGCGCCGUACGAGCAAACUACUAUCCCGCAGCAGUCCAGGCCCGGCAACUGUUGA